AUGUCGAGUCCUGUAGCACCUUUCACCACAUACAAACAUUCGGUUGAACUGCAGAAAAAUGUAGCCGUUCUCUGGUGGACAGUCGAUGACAAUGAACGAGAGAUCACAUUCGAAUUACACAUCAAUACAAUAGGCUGGAUAGCAUUGGGUAUUAGUUCAGCGGGCGGCAUGAAAGGUGCUGACAUCGGUGUAGGAUGGGUUGACCAGAAAGGCAGUGUAUAUAUUCAAGAUCGCUAUGCAUUCGCCAAUGAACGUUCUAUGGUUGAUAAUACCACGAUUGAUUGGUUUGCUCUUCAAGGUCGUGAAGUGAAUGGAUGGACAGCCAUUCAAUUCAAACGUUUGCUAGACACUUGUGAUCUCAUGGAUGUUCCAAUCAAGUCUGGUAUCAAUAAUCUUAUUUUUGCUUAUGGUCUUGCCGAUCCUACUCCGUCAGAAUCAAAUGAUGAAAUCUCUUAUCAUGAAAAUCGGCGUGGUUCACGUACUCUUUCUCUUCGAUCAUAUGCUGAUCCACCAACUGAAGACAUAUUUGCUGGACUUGACUACUUCGAUUUUUGUUUGAAUAAUGCAUGUCACAUUUCAAUGUCUUAUUAA